AUCGAGUAAGCCUCUCAACCGGAUGUCAACAAACCUUUUACAUUUCUGUCACUUGGCCAUAUCGCAUGGUAGUAGUUGGACAUAAUGUGUGAGCAUGCGAUUUUACACAGCGGGUACCACCAUCCCGUUUUACGUUCAUGGCAAACAACAAACACUCAGAUCAAAGCGGAGAAUUUAAUAUAUCCAUUAUUUAUUACAGAUGAGGAUGAUGAGGUACAGCCAGUUGCCAGUAUGCCAGGUGUUGCCAGAUAUGGCAUCAACACAUUGCGAGAAGCAUUGGAACCAAUGGUGAAAAAUGGCCUGAAAUGUGUGCUGAUCUUUGGUGUGCCCAGUAAAUUACCAAAGGAUAACAAUGGCACGGCUGCAGACACGCCCGACACACCUGCUAUCCUGGCCAUCAAAAUGCUGAGAAGCUGGUUCCCUGAUUUACUGGUGGCCUGUGAUGUGUGUCUCUGUCCGUACACCUGCCAUGGACACUGUGGCAUUUUACGUGAAGAUGGUAGUAUUCAAAAUGAUGCAAGCAUAAAGAGACUUGCAGAGAUCUCUGUAAACUAUGCUAAAGCUGGAUGCCAGAUCAUAGCCCCAUCAGACAUGAUGGAUGGAAGAAUUGGUGCUAUCAAAACAGCUCUGACUGAGGCAGGUUAUGGAAAUAGGGUGGCUGUGAUGAGUUACAGCGCAAAAUUUGCCUCAUCAUUCUAUGGACCAUUCAGAGAUGCUGCCAAAUCAGCACCUUCCUUUGGUGACAGGAAGGCUUACCAGCUGCCCUCGGGUGCCAUUGGUUUAGCCGAGCGUGCAGUGGACCGUGACGUGAAGGAAGGUGCAGACAUGUUGAUGGUCAAACCGGGUCUGGCUUACCUGGAUGUGGUCAAAAUGACCAAAGAAAAGUACCCCACACAUCCUCUGGCUAUUUAUCAAGUGUCUGGAGAAUAUGCCAUGCUGUACCAUGGAGCUAAAGCCGGUGCGUUCGAUUUGAAGACUACUCUUAUGGAGGUAUUGAGCAGCAUGAGACGAGCAGGAGCAGACAUUAUCAUCUCAUACUUCACGCCUCAGGUGCUCGAGUGGCUGAAAGCAGCGGACUGAAAUGUCAGAGGAAGCUUAACUUCACGAAAGGAAAAUCUAAAACAGAAAUUUUUAAUGAUUUCAUGCAGGAAUUGUAAAUACAAUAAUGGAAAAUAAUGAUAUUUAUUUUUCAAGAUGCUCUAAUUUGGAUAUAUAAUUCUAUGUCUGUUUUUCAAAAAUCAGAAUUGUUGACCAAGUGACAGCAGUUUCAGUUUAUUUUUUUUUUUAAACAAUUUGAUUUUAGACUGUCAAGUUUUAGAUUAUACAUGUAUAACAUCAUAAUUUUUGAUUGUGUAUUUAGAAAUUUGAACUUUGCAUGAUUUUGAUAGAAUAGUAUUUUAAUUAGAUAAUUCAUUGUGGUGAAGAGUUUGUGAAAAAGGAGAAGUGAAAGUAAUCCAUGAAAAGUUUACUUUCUGUUUCAUAACAAGUUUAUACUUUCUUUAUACUUGAAAAUGAAUGUGAUACAUAGAUUUAAAUUUCAUAAAAUUGGAGGGUGAGUUGGUGAACUAUGAUUUUAGAGUAUAUCAUAAUACAAGUUUGUGUUCAAUAUAAUAUAUCACAUGGCUGCAUCUUGUACACUGCCCAUUAUCAAGACAGAGGAAGAUCUGAGUGAACUGUGCGUUUGUGGUGGUAUGAAUUUAUAAAAGUGAUUUUAAUGUGGUGGCAUUACAAUGGCACAUAUCCUAAAGACUUCUAGUGUCUGAAUUAUGUGUUUUGUUCACUAAUUACAGGUAGAAGGUCUAGUUUGUAUUCCUUCUUACGGGAAUAUUAAACAAAGUUAAUAAUGUAUGUGAAAAUUUUAAAACAAAUAAAUUGUUGAUAAUUGAAAAUAAAUUAUAUAAAUGUUCCAA